GUGAAAUUGUCAUUGUCAAAACUAAUGUUAUUUCUUUUCCGGUUUAAUUUGUAAAGUAAAAGAAAUUAAACGAUGGGUCGGUACGCUAGAGAACCCGAAAAUACCACAAAAUCAUGUAAAGCCCGAGGUCCCAAUCUACGUGUGCAUUUUAAGAAUACACAUGAAACUGCCCAGGCUAUUAAACAUAUGCCAUUGCGUCGUGCUCAACGUUUUCUAAAAGCAGUCAUUGAGAAAAAAGAAUGUGUUCCAUUCCGUCGAUUCAAUGGAGGUGUUGGUCGUUGUGCACAAGCUAAACAAUGGAAAACUACACAAGGACGUUGGCCAAAAAAAUCUGCAGAAUUUCUUUUACAAUUAUUAAGAAAUGCUGAAGCAAACGCAGAUUACAAAGGUUUAGAUGUCGAUCGUUUAGUAAUUGAUCAUAUUCAAGUUAAUCGUGCUCAAUGUCUGAGACGUCGUACAUACCGUGCUCAUGGUCGUAUUAAUCCAUAUAUGUCAUCACCAUGUCACGUAGAAGUUAUUUUAACAGAAAAAGAAGAAAUUGUAGCAAAAGCGCCUGAAGAUGAACCAGCUAAAAAGAAAUUAUCAAAGAAAAAAAUGCAAAGGCAAAAAGAAAAAAUGAUGAGAAGUGAAUAAAAAAAAAACUAAUUAAAACUUCUAUAAUUGAAUGUGUAAAAUUAAUUAAGAAUUUUUAUUAAAAGAGACAAAAACUAUCUAAAA